AGGCGCAUCGCAUUCUAUCACGCGACCCACCAGGCGGCGGCGGCGUCUCGGCUCGCACCCCACAGCACACCCAUGGCGGCGGAGGGCGGCGGCGGAGGAGGAGGAGGGAAGGUGUCGUUCAAGGUGAUCCUCACCUCCGACCCCAAGCUCCCCUUCAAAGUGUUCAGCGUGCCGGAGGCGGCGCCCUUCACCGCGGUGCUCAAGUUCGCCGCCGAGGAGUUCAAGGUCCCGCCCCAGACCAGCGCCAUCAUCACCAACGAUGGAGUAGGCAUCAACCCACAGCAAAGUGCAGGCAACGUGUUCUUGAAGCAUGGCUCGGAGCUGCGACUCAUCCCCCGCGACAGAGUUGGAGCGACUGCGGCGUCUUUCUAGUCAGUCAUUGUUAGAGCCAACAAUGAAGAAACCUAUAUAACAGGAAUAAAAGCAUGUCCAUGCUCGGUUGUAUAAUGGAUGUAACAUGGUCGAGUAUAAUUUACCAUCAACAGCCAGCCAGCCCUAUGAUUGACAGGAUGAAUAUAGCUUGGCAGGCAGUGCCAUGUGUUGCUGUCUUUGUUUGCAGCCCCUGAUUUCCUGCUACUGCUCUUGAAA